ACCACAGCAGCGGACGUACCAGUGUGACGCAGGCGGGCUCCAUACACACUCCGGUAGCACAACAAUACAAGCUCUCGCCGCUCCCCCUCUUUACGCCUCGCUCUCGGUAUGGCGGAUGGCGAGCGGUCCCCGCUGCUCUCGGAUCUCGGUGAUGGAGCUCUCGGCAGUGGUAACGGCGGGGUGUCUCCCGGAGCAGCUCCACACGGUGCUCCGAGCAAACCACAGAGUUUUCCUCCGUUUCCGAGCUCGACUCAGCCCCCUCUGUUGAUGGGCGAGAACCCUCCACCAUAUUCCCCCCUGACGUCUCCAGAGAGUGGCAGUGCCCCAGUCAUCAGCUGUAGGGUGUGCCAGUCGCUCAUCAGCGUUGAGGGCAAAAUUCACCAACAUGUGGUCAAGUGCGGAGUCUGCAAUGAAGCUACACCCAUAAAGAAUGCCCCUGCGGGGAAGAAAUAUGUGCGGUGUCCUUGUAACUGUCUUCUCAUCUGCAAGGUCACAUCCCAAAGGAUCGCCUGCCCUCGGCCUUAUUGUAAGAGGAUCAUAAAUUUGGGGCCAGUCCAUCCGGGUCCAGCCAGUCCAGAACCACAACCUGCUGGAGCUAGAGUUUCCUGCGGACACUGCAGCAACACUUUCCUGUGGACCGAAUUUACAGACAGGACACUGGCUCGAUGCCCCCAUUGCAGAAAAGUAUCUUCGAUUGGACAGAGAUAUCCGAGGAGGCGGAGUCUGUGGUGUUACCUGCUGUGCUUGCUAUUUAGCAUCUCAGCCGCUGGUCUGAUUGUGAGUGUGCAUCUUAUAUUUAUCCAUCA